GGAAGAAUAUGCUCCUUUAAUUAUUAUCUGAGAUUUUUCAAUUCAAGUUCGUGUGGAUUCAGAAUCAAAAUGGAAGAAGAUUUGUUGGGCAUUUGUGGGUUUGAUUCGUCGAAGAAAUAUCGAUUAGAAGAACUUGCCAAGUAUCAGUCGGGUUCAUGUAUUGAGUUUGAAGAUGAUGAUGAAAUGGCAGUGGAUUAUCCAUGCCCGUUUUGCUCAGAUGAUUAUGAUUUAGUUGAAUUGUGUCACCAUAUCGAUGAGGAGCAUCAACUAGACGCCAACAAUGGGUUUUUACAUGAAGCAGUUAGUUGUAAAUUUAGACUAUUUAUCAUAUGUCCGGUUUGUAGCAGACGAGUGAAGAUGCAUAUGGUUGAUCACAUUACCACUCAGCAUAGAGAUGUCUUCAAGAGACUUUACAAGGAUGAGUCAUAUUCAGCAUUUUCUCCAGGGACUAGGAAAUACUUACAGUCUCUAAUCGAUGAGCCGUUGUCUACUAAUCAUACAUCUAAAAGUGUUCUGGACCCAUUAUUAUCAUUUAUAUACAAUCCGCCGUCACCAAAGAAGUCCAAGCUUGUACAACCUGAUUCAUCUAGUGAAGCAAGCAUGGAAGACAAUAGCUUAAUAAGGGAUUCAACAGAAAAAGACUGGGAAUCGCCGUCUCCCUUGUCAGAUACAGAGCUACUAGAGAAGGCAAAGAAGAGAGAGUUUGUACAAGGUUUAAUAUCAUCAGCCAUAUUUGAUCACAUUUACAACUUCUAAGAGCAUAAGUCUUUGUAUAUGAAACUCUCGCAAAGUAGUCUGUACUCUGUAGUAUAAGCCAAUGAGCUUCUGUUUAUCGUCAAACUUCUACUUUGCUUCUUUACAGCUCAUAAUCCUCAAGUCACUUGAGGUCGGAGUUUCCUUAACAACCACUUCUUGCGUAGUUUCACAUCUAGAGCCAAGAAAGUUUUCGCCUUGAGUUUAUCUUCAAGCAGAUCACAAGCAUCCAAUAUAAGUUCAUCGUCCAUGUCUGGUAACGCUUGAAUAGCCUCAACCGUGUCCUCUAUUGACAUGGUUUGGGUUUCAUCAACUCGAGGCUUUUUCGGGUUUAUAGGGCUUGUAUCAGUAUUAGCAAGUUGAUCUCUUUUGUUCUUGGGGUCAAACAAAAGAGAGUUGCUAUCUUCUUCCUCAGCUGAAAUAGACAAAUCUGUAGUACCACUGGACUUAAAUUCUUGGAAUUCAGUUUCAGGGUCAAACCAAUCCAUAGCU